AUGGCCACUCAACUUGUGCAUCUGCCCGAGGUCGAACGCCUCAGUCCCGCUUGCAUCCGCAUCCUUGGUGGCAAUCCCAGCAAGUUCCAAUUACAAGGUACCAACACCUAUCUUGUCGGCACUGGUCCGAGGCGCUUGCUCAUUGACACUGGCGAGGGAAAGCCCUCGUGGCAAGCUGCUUUGAAGCGUGUCCUGGAUGAAGAGAAGGCCACCGUACAGGCCGCUCUCCUAACUCAUUGGCAUCCUGACCACGUCCAGGGUGUGCCUCAGCUCGAGCAGCUCGUGUCAGAUACUGCCGUGUACAAGUGCGCGCCUGCUCCGGGGCAACUAAACAUCGUAGACGGCCAGGUUUUUGAGGUCCAAGGCGCUACCCUAACCGCCGUGCACACUCCGGGUCACACUACGGACCACAUGGCCUUCGUGUUCCGAGAGGAAGACGCCCUUUUCACCGGCGACAAUGUCCUGGGCCACGGUACUGCCGUCUUUGAGGACCUCGGCAUCUACCUCCACAGCCUUACCAAAAUGGAGAGGCUCGUCUCCGGCCGUGCUUACCCCGGCCACGGUCCGGUGCUCUCUCAGGCUCGAGCCAAGAUCGCCGAGUACAUCUCACAUAGACAUCAAAGAGAACUACAGGUUAUCGAAACGCUCGGCUCGGCUAAAGACUCGUCAUCGUUGACCACCGGUGCGUGGACUCCCAUGGAGCUUGUCAAGGUCAUAUAUCGCGACGUUCCCGAAGAGCUCCAUAUACCGGCAUCGUACGGCGUGAUCCAAAUACUCAAAAAACUUCUUGCUGAAGACAAGGUUGUUCUUGAGGAUGGAGACAGAUGGCGCCUCAAGGAGAGACCAACUCUGUAG